AUGAGUACAGACUUCCGCAAACUCCUUUUUGACAUUUCUGAGGCUUUGGUCACAGAUGAAGUGGUGGCUCUGAAGUUCCUCAGCCUGGAGCACAUCCCCAUGAGGAAGCUGGAAGCCAUCCAGGAGCCCAAGGCCUUCUUUGAAGCGCUGCAGGAGAAAGACAUGAUCGAGGUGGGGAGCCUGUUCUUCCUGAAGGAGCUGCUUUACCGGAUCAAUCGGAUGGACCUCCUGGCUGCCCACCUGGGCUCUAGCCGAGAGGAGAUGGAGAGAGAGCUUCAGAUCCCAGGCAGGGCAAAAGUGUCAGCCUACAGAUACCUGCUCUUUCAGCUGUCAGAGGACAUCACUGAAGAUGAGCUGAAGUCUUUCAAGUUUCUUUUGGGGAAGGAAUUACCAAAAUGCAGGCUAAACCCUAAGACUACAAUGCUCGACGUUUUCAUUGAGAUGGAGAAGAAGGGGAUUUUGGGAGAAGACAACCUAAGUAUCCUGAAGAGUCUCUGUGCAGAAAUUAACAUCAGCCUGUUGAAGAGAAUUGAAGAGUAUGAAUUAAACGUGUUUGGUGAAGAAGAGAUGCUCAUCACAGAGGAACACAGGGGCAGCACAGGAGGCCCUCAAGCCCAUGCCAGAUGGCCGGCAUCAUCUGUGGCAUCUGAUUCUCCUGCCAGUUGGAAUCAGUUUUCCCAGCUUGAAGCUUACAAAAUGACUAGCCAGCCCCGUGGAGUGUGCUUGAUCCUGAAUAAUCACAAUUUUGCAAAAGCCAGGGAAGCAGUGCUGGAACCCAAAAACAUGAAGGAUCGGAAUGGGACAGAUGUGGAUGCAGUGGCUCUGAAAAGAGUCUUUAGCAAGCUUCAUUUUACAAUAGCAGAAUACAGAGACCUCACCGCAGAGGAAAUCCGUAAGACUGUGAAGACCUACCAGCGUGAAGACCACAAGGACAAAGACUGCUUUGUUUGCUGUAUCCUGUCUCAUGGGAAAAAAGGCAUUAUAUAUGGUGUUGAUGGGCAGGAAGUACCUAUCCAGGAACUGACCACUUCUUUCACUGGACAGAAUUGCCACUCGCUUGCUGGAAAACCAAAAGUCUUUUUUGUUCAGGCCUGCCAAGGUGAUGCUUGCCAGAAAGGUGUGACCAUUGAAACAGAUUCUGGAGAGCAAGAUUCUUCUGUAGAAACAGAUGCAAGAUUUCAGCUCGACUGCAUCCCUGCAGAGGCAGACUUCCUCUUGGGCAUGGCUACCCUGCAAGAUUACGUUUCCUUCAGAAGCCCAAGGCAGGGGACCUGGUACAUACAGGCGUUGUGCCAGCACUUGGAGUACAGCUGUCCUCGAGGAGAAGAUAUUCUCACCAUCCUGACAGCAGUCAAUCAGGAGGUGAGCAGAAAGAGUUGCAAGCUAAAUGCAGAGAAGCAGAUGCCACAGCCCAGUUUUACAUUGAGGAAAAAGCUCAUCUUUCCUGUCAACUAAAUGGGAAGGGACUGCAUGGCAGAGAGCUGCAGCAGCCUGAAAGCGGCUGGUAUCAGCCAAAUUUGGUAAAACA